GUAUUGUGGGUAGUUAAAACAUGGCUGCGCCCAUGAGUUUGUAAACGUUAACUGUGCGUUUCGUUUAUCAAUGAAUUUAGUCUGCUUGUUUUAAGAAAGUAGGCCUUCAAGUUGCAACCAACUGAGUGAGAAACAUGUCUGAUGAAGAGGAUAAUGUUACUUAUGUGCGGCCAAAGAAGACAAUAAACUAUGGAAGUCUGGAGCAGCAAGAAAAGCUUCGGCUGCUGUCAGGAAGCAGUGGGGAGGCUAUCCAGUCGGCCAUUGCAGCUGGCAAUAUUAAUAUAUCAGAAGAAACAAUGGAAAUAGAAGAAGCUGAUGGCCCAGAUUCUAAUGCAGCUGUACUUGCCUUUUUUGAAAAACGUAAAAGGGCUCGACAAAUCCAAGUAUCCACAGAUGAUUUAGAAGUCAAGGCUAACCUACGGCAACUGGGAGAGCCAAUAUGUUUAUUUGGGGAGGGACCUGCUGAUAGAAGGGAAAGACUGAGAGCCCUGCUGGCAGACAUUGGGACAGAUGCCAUCAAGAAGGAAGUUGAGGCUGAAAAGGCACAGGACAAACCUGAUGAUGUGACAUGGUAUCACGAGGGGACAGAAACACUACAGGAUGCCAGAAUGUGGAUAGCUAAAUAUUCCUUGCCAAGAGCACGAGAGCGACUGCGUAAGGCCAGAGAAGAGAAAAAUACUCCAGAAGCCAAGAGGCAAGCCAGAACACAAGAAUUACACAAGAAGCUAAGAUCUUUAACUAACGAGUACAGUCAGAUAGGAGAUAACAGACCAAUCUCAUUUUGUCAGUUCAGCCCAAACUCGAAGAUGUUGGUUACUGCAUCAUGGAGUGGACUCUGCAAGUUGUGGUCUAUUCCUGACUGUAGUGCUAUCAGAACACUCCGAGGUCACAACUGUAAUGUUGGAGCAAUAGUAUUCCACCCAGAGGCCACAGUUAACCUUGACAACAGGGCGUGCUGCAUGGCCUCCUGUGCACAGGAUGGGACAGUCAAGCUCUGGAAUUUAGAAAGUGAGGAGCCUGUGGCAGACAUAGAAGGACAUGCACCAUACCGCGUGAGCAGACUGGCGUACCAUCCGUCAGGGAGGUUCCUUGCCACAUGCUGUUUUGAUAAUUCCUGGAGGCUCUGGGAUCUUGAGGCACAGGAGGAGAUUUUACACCAAGAAGGUCAUAGUAAACCAGUGUAUGACAUAGCAUUCCAGGGAGAUGGAUCCUUAGCAGCAACGGGUGGUUUGGAUGGCUUUGGUCGUGUGUGGGACCUAAGGACUGGGCGCUGUAUCAUGUUUAUGGAAGGACAUCUCAAGUCGGUUCUAGGAAUUGACAUCAAUCCUAAUGGCUACCAUAUUGCCACGGGAAGUGAAGACAACACCUGUAAAAUUUGGGACAUCAGACAGAGGUGUCUCGUCUACACCAUCCCCUCACACACAAACCUCGUCUCCAAGGUCAAAUUCCAACCUGGCAAUGGAAGAUAUUUGGUCACUGCCUCAUACGACAAUACAGCAAAGGUGUGGUCUCAUCCGUCCUGGUCGCCUCUGAAGACUCUGGCAGCACAUGAAAGUAAAGUGAUGUGUAUAGAUAUAUCUCCUAACAUGGAGUACAUAGCCACUGCAUCCUAUGACAGGACAUUUAAAGUAUGGGCACCAGAUAUUCUGUAGCACUGAACUGGUUUUGUGGGAGUGAUAAAAAGAGGGGCACUUUGCUCUGAAUUUAUAUCUUGGGACUAGAUUUUAUAAGGAAUAUAGAAAAAUUAUUCUCCUUAAAUUCCUCUGUGUAGUUUUUUUUUUUUUUUUUUCAAUGGCAGAACUUGCAUUUUAAGUUGUUUUAUUAUGAUGAAUGAAGAAAGGGAAUAUGUGGAUACGAGUAAGACAAGGUGUCAAUAUCAUGUAUUGAUGUGACUCUAGAUUGCCUCAGCUUUCUUUGACUGAAUUUUCAUGAUCAGAGUACUGUAAGUACUAGGAGCUUUCAUGUCCAGAGUGCAAUUAUUCAAAUGGACAUUCAUUUUGCGAUACCAAGAUUGGAAGACAUUCUGAGCAUGAGAAUAGGGAACAAAGCUGGGAUCGCACUUUUUUCUCAACCUUUCACCGAUGUGGGAUGAGGACUUUCUCCACUUCUACACGUUUCAUCUGUAAUAGUUUGCUGCCUUAUUCGUUUUUCCCCCCUAAUGUUGUUGGUUUACACACAAUAAAUUGAAUGUGUAUAAUGUAAAAGAAAUCAAGAUAUGAAUUACUUUUUUACUUAGAUAUCAUCAUAUUUUGCAAUAAAAUCAGAAAUGUAACAUAAUAUAACUUCUGUUGACUUUGAAGCUUAUUUGAUAUUUAACUGUUGAUUAAAGCGAUCUCCCAGGACUGGAGUUUUACUUUCACCAAGCAGGUCAUGUUUUUGCCUUUCUUGGUGUGUUAUUUAACGGCCUAACUCAAAAAGUUAUAGAUUUUGAUAAAAUUUUCUGGAUAGGUCAGAAAUUUUCA